UACCUAACACGGUUCCUGGUGGUCCUUUAUCAUCACAGUGCAGUUCAUGUGGCUCAGUCAAUGCUAUGACAGCGUAUGAUUAUUACUAAAUGUGUGUAAUUUUUUACAAAUUAUUUAUGCAAUGCUGCAUGUUAUAGCUGUGAUCAUUUGCAACUAAAUUUCUACAUUAUUGUUCUGUUUUAAAGUAUACGUGUAAACUAUGUGGUCAGUCGCAUCAUCACGGUUUGUCCUUCAAAGCUGUUGGAAUUUUUCACAUCUAAACUCUUUGCUUAAUCGCAUACAGCAUUUUUCACAAACGGCAUGCAAGAACACAGUUGUUGUGGAGCGUUGGUGGAAGGUCCCGUUGUCAAAAGAGGGAAGGCCACCCAGACUUUAUCCACGAAGACACAGGGUGUACCGCUUGGUCGAGGACACAAAACAUAAAGGCCAAGAUAAAAUGGAGCUCAUCCUUACACAGACAGUGCCUAACCUUGGUGGACGAGGAGACACAGUUUUUGUGAAAAAGUCAGUAGGCCGCAACAAAUUGCUAUCCGAGGGCCUGGCUGUCUACCCCUCACAGGAAAAUAAAGACAUGUUUACAGAGGAAAGAAGGCUACUGCGUGAAGGAAGGCCAGAGGACAGAAUCCAGACACGCACCGGAGAGCUAACUGUUGAAUUCCUAAAGAAAUCAAAACUUGAAGUCGGCAUGCACACUUCCAUUCAGUACUCGCUCACAAAAGAAAUUGUUAGCAGACAGUUUCUCAGACGGCUCGGUGUGGUUGUACCCACGCAUGCCUUGACACUCCCUGAAGAACCAAUCACAACGCUUGGAGAGUACUGGUGUGAUGUCACAGUGAAUGGAGUGGACAGAGUCAGGGUGCCCAUGUCUGUGGUGCCUUUUGUGGAGCCGAGCCAACAGAGACUUAUGAGGAAACAGCAAGAACAACAGUCUGAUUCAGAAUAGUGUUUCUUUAAUAAAAUGAUGUGUUGUAGGCAACAACUUCUAGGAUAUAAGUGAGGAAUUUGGACAAAUUUAUUUUUUAUCUAAGUUCAUGUAUCUUUUGAAAUAUAUUGAUAUGCUUCAUACUGUGUACUGAUGUGAAUCUAAUGAAAAUUAAAUCUGAAAAAUGCAAA